AUGAAUACUACUGAAGCUGGGGCGUUCUCUAUUGGCCACAACAUCGACUACACCAAGGAUUUCAGUGCCAAUGUUGUGUUCCUCAUCUGUACAGUCAUUAUGCUGAUCAUGGGUUUGGUGGGGAACAUUCUUGUGAUAGGAGCAGUUUUGGUGCACAAGAGACUUAGGGUUCUCAGCAAUGUUUUCGUAAUUAACCUCGCCGUUGCGGACCUGUGCGUAACUAUCGUUGUAGACAGCUUUGGUAUCGUAGGAAUAGCGAGCGAGGGGACAUUCUUUGACGAUAAACGCGUGCUUUGCGACAUGGUUGGCGUGUUCUGCGUCACGUCGUGCGCAUGCUCAAUGUGGAACAUCGCCCACAUCAGCUUCAAUCGUUACGUCCGUAUCUGCCACCACACGGUAUACCCAAAGAUCUACAACGUACAAACUGUGCCGUUCAUUGUGGCCGGUACCUGGCUCAUAUGCUUUUGCAUUGAUCUGCCCAAUCUGCUUGGCUGGGGAGCUCAUAAUUUUGAUGCUAGGAUCAUGAUGUGUACCUAUGAUUACAAGGAGUCGUACACCUACACUGUGUUUUUCGUGAGCCUUGGGUUUGGCGUACCGCUACUUGUUACAUCUUUCUCGUACGUCCGUAUCAUCUUCAUUGUAAAACGGGCCGAGAGUAACGCAAGGCGGUCCGCAGAGGAUGACGUACAGACUGUUACUGGUAACGUACAGUGGGCGAGCUCCGUAAAGGGAACGACCAAUAAACGCAACAAAUUACGAAAUACGGAUAUCCGUUUGCUGCGUUCCGUUUUCACCAUAUGGGUGGUGUUCACUGUGAUGUGGUCGCCGUACGCCCUCACCGUCCUGGGGGAUGUGUACCACGUGUGGUCUCGUAAUAUUUAUGUCGUAGCUGUAAUUCUGGCCCACACCAACAGCAGCAUCAACGGGAUCCUGUAUGCUGCCACCAACCGUCACUUCCGGGAGGGUUACACCUACCUAAUUUUGCGUUGCUUCAGAGGAAGGAGAGUGUCGCCUGAGAUGAUCGACAUGGACACCACAAUGGCAGCAAAACCGAGUGGUCGAACCUCCGACGAAGAAAAAGAGACACUGUAG